UGAAAUUCAUAACUAAUGUGAACUAUACACGGUUGUGAAUCAACAUUAUUAUUAAUUACUUCAACAGGACUUGCUUGCAUUUCUCUCUUAGAAGCAAGAACUCAGAAGUGUUUUGAUGAGUCGGCAUGUAUACUUUAUAAGUGCAAAACGUCAGAAUUUUUAUAAGCAGGGUCAAGCAUCGUAAUGGAUGAGGUCAAUUUGAUGAUCCCCAUCAGUAAAGAUGCCUAUGAAGCUCUUAAGAGAAGAGAAAACUGUCUAAAUAGUCUCGUUUCCAAAAAGUUUGCUUGUAGGUUGGCCUUCAGAAAAGCAACAACAAGCACUGUUGAAGUAUACAGAAAAAAAAUGAAGUCGGGCAUUGACAUUUGUGUUUAUAAGGAUGAUCUCACAAGACACAAGGUCGAUGCUGUAGUGAAUGCAGCCAAUGAGUAUCUUGAACAUGGAGCAGGUCUUGCUCUUGCCCUUGUAAAAGCUGGAGGGCCAGAAAUAAAAGAGGAAAGCAAACUUUAUGUUCAAAGGUGUGGAAAAGUCAAAGUUGGUGAUAUAGCAGUGACAGGUGGAGGGAAGCUUCCUUGUAAGGAAAUUAUUCAUGCAGUUGGUCCAAAGUGGUAUGCUUCUGAAAAGGAAAGAUGUUGUUACCUUCUUCAGGAAGCUAUUUUGAACGUUCUGUGUUACGUUAGUGCUUCAGGAAAGGCUUUAAAGUCUGUGGCUAUCCCAGCAGUGAGUUCAGGUAUCUAUGCCUUCCCAGUUGAUUUGUGUUCUCAAGUGAUUGUAAUGGCUGUAAAGGAAUUUGUUGAGGCAAGUCCACCAAGCUGUCUCAGGGAAAUCCGCCUGGUGAACAUUGAUGAGUCUACAGUGGCAGAAAUAAAGAAGGCCUGUGAAAAGUUUCUGGGUGAUAGCAAUUCACUUGAAGACACUGUGCCACCUUCACCAAGCCAGGCUCCACCUCACCUCAAACUUGAAAACAUUCGCUUGCGCAUCAUAAAACAAGACCCUGCAAAUCUGAAGAAUACAGCUAUUGUUAACCUCCUGAAUGCAGAGGGUGAGCCCUCCUCUCAGACUUCAAAACGACUGCUGGAAAAAGAGGGUCCAGCUUUUCGGAAGGAACUUCACCGUCAUCUUAAACAUCCAACACGUUUUAAGGAGCCCAUGGUAAUCAAAAGGCGUGAGCUGCCCUCUACAUUUGUACUGCACAUGGUAUUGCAAUACCAGCAUCCGGUGUUACAGCUUCAGGAAUUGAAGGAUGCAGUGAAAAGAUGCCUGGAUCACUUUCAGGACCACUCAUCUCCCUCAGUUUCUUUUCCAAUAAAUUGCUCACCAAAGCUGCCUGUUGACAUAGUGGCAGAGACCAUGAUUGAAGCAGUUUUAAAUUUUGCUAGGACACAUCCUACGAAGAAGAGAGAAGUGCAGUUUGUCAUUUGCCCAGAUGACCAUGCUGCCCAUGAGGUUGUCCUGAGAAAAUUCUAUUCAGCAAAAUACAAACUGGAAAACAGAAGUGAUCCUUUGAGUACAGAGUCAGGCAGUCAAACUGCAAAAGAGAUUGCAAGCAGUGAAUCCGUGAUUGAACUUAGAGGGUGCACACCCACAGCAUUGGGAGCAGCAGAAUCGUGGCUCCAAAAUGUAAUGAAAAUUCAGGAAGGUUACCAUGCUGUUAUUGAAAACAACUACAUCUUUUGCCUUGGUAAAGAGGAGUUUGCAAAACUCUCUCGAGACCAGCCUUCUAGUGUCUAUGUGUCAGAAGAAGUGAGAGAUGGACAAGCAAAACUGGAGCUUCAGGGCCCUCCUGAUGUUUUGAUUGAUGCAGUGCUCACAAUUGAAGAAUUACUGCUUCGUGUGCAAGAGAAGACUAUUGCUGAACAAGAGAAACUGCUCUACUCAAUGUGCCAAGCAGAAGCAGCCCAGCUUUCAGAAGGAGACUUUCACAUGACAAGUACCGCUGACUACUUCCAGAUUUCACCAGUAGAAUGCUACCUCCAGGAGUUUAAAGACAGAGAGAAAGAGUUUGAAAAAGCUGGACUUCGUGUUCUCAGGAUUGAAAAGAUACAUAAUCCACUUCUAUCUGCUGCAUUCAAACAAAUGAAAAAAAAAGUAGAUGGUAGCUCCAAAACAACUCACAAGUUGUACCAGGAUGUUCCUGCUGAGUUCUGUUGCUCAGUUUGCCAAACUGGAUUUCACAGGAUGUAUUCUCCACCAAAAGAACAAAAAUAUGGAGCUGGCAUCUACUUUACAAAGAACCUGAGCUACCUGACUAAGGGUAAAGCUACACAGGAAAUGGAUUCUAAAAUGUACGUGUUUGAGGCUGAUGUAGUAACUGGCUUAUGGACUACAGGCCAGCCGUCUUGUAUUAUGCCACCAGCACUGGACAGGAAUGCCUUUACAUUGUAUGACAGUUUAGUAGAUAGUUUGUACAAUCCUGAGAUCUUUGUCAUUUUCAAUGGUUUUGCAGCCCUUCCACAGUAUUUGCUGACUUGUUCCCCAGUGACUGAGAGGUACGUAGCUCCUGGAGGAAACAAGCAGGAUCCUCAGUGGGAAUAAAAUAGAACUGUAGCUAUGGUGAAGACCCUCUGAGAACAAAGUCUAGUGCUUAGAUUUAAGAGGAUGCUCUGCUUAGUAGUGUGCUAUGGUCAGAGUGCUUCCUGAAAAGCUCUCUGAAAUAUUUGUGAACAAAAGAGUACAAAAUACAGUGUAAUGUUUAACAUUAACAUUUAACAUACCUGGUCAUUUACCUUAUGCCUUAAAGUGAUCUCAGCUUGUGACUAUACACUUGCUGUUUGUGUAGGCUGUCAUUCUUCCACUGCAUUUUUUUAGUCUGACAUAUUGCAUAUAUCAGGGAAACACAAUAAAUCUUGGUUGUGCCUUUUAAGUCUUAAGUUUUCUUUUCACUUAAGAUAGGAGAAUGUAGCAGAUGAGAGCUGUUUUCUGCUUAGGAACAUGCUAUUAUAUACAGUUAUGACAAACAUAAGGCAGUACUUCAUUAUUUCUUACAAUGGUUGCUGUACAGUUUUUAUUAGUUACUUCAAGCACUGUAGAUGCACAUAUUCAAAAUAAAAAGUAUGAAUGUCA